CGGAACCGGCGCCAUUUUGUUUCGGGUGAUGGCGGCUGUGGUGCUCUGCGGCCGGGGGCUUUAGCGCGGGCCUGGCCGUGCGGAGACUCGCUGCUCGGACAGUCGGUGCUCCUGCCAGCUGCCUCUGCCUCGCUGUGCUCCCCGGUGAUGUACGGAGGGCUCGGAGGGUCUCGACGGACUGUAGAAGAAGCAGGCCCGCCGCCCCUAAUGUUGUUGUCAGGCGGGGGAACGGUGCCCGGCCCCCCCGGAGGAGGUGGAGGUGGAGGCGGGAGUAGCCGUGUGGAGCUGCUGGUGUUCGGCUAUGCCUGCAAGCUGUUUCGGGAUGAUGAGAAGGCUCAGUACCAGGAGCAGGGGCGACACCUUAUUCCUUGGAUGGGAGACCCCAAGAUCAUGAUCGAUAGGUAUGAUGGGCGUGGUCACCUGCAUGACCUUUCUGAAUAUGAUGCUGAGUAUUCCACCUGGAACAGAGAUUAUCAAUUGUCCGAAGAGGAGGCUAGAAUAGAAGCCCUCUGUGAUGAAGAGAGGUAUUUAGCCUUGCAUACGGACUUGCUUGAGGAGGAGGCAAGGCAAGAGGAGGAAUAUAAAAGACUCAGUGAAGCUUUGGCAGAGGAUGGUACCUAUAAUGCAGUAGGAUUCCGUUAUGGCAGUGAUUAUUAUGACCCUUCAGAACCCACUGAAGAGGAGGAGCAUCAGCCUGCAAGACAAAGAGAAUCAGCUCAGACAGAAAAUACAGAGGAAAAUGAGGAACCUUUUGUUGCCCCUCCGGGACUGAAUGUACCUUCUGAUGUGGAACUGCCACCAACGGCAAAAAUGCAUGCGAUCAUUGAGCGAACUGCGAACUUUGUGUGCAAGCAGGGAGCCCAGUUUGAGAUCAUGCUGAAAGCCAAGCAAGCACGCAACUCCCAGUUUGACUUUCUGCGGUUUGAUCACUACCUCAAUCCCUACUACAAGUUCAUCCAGAAGGCCAUGAAAGAAGGACGCUAUGCAGCUCCUUCGGAAAGUAAAGCUGACGAGAAAAAACACUCGAGAGUCAAAUCUGAGGAAGAUGAUGAUGAUGAUGAUGACGAUGAUGGAAAUUAUCUUCAUCCAAGUCUUUUUGCGUCUAAAAAAUGCAGUAGGCUUGAAGAGCUCAUGAAGCCUUUGAAGGUGGUAGACCCUGAUCACCCCCUUGCAGCACUGGUGCGCAAAGCACAAUCAGAUAAUAAUUCAUCUACACCACAGUCAACAGACGGGGCAGCUGUGGAGACAUCACAGGCAGAAUAUUCUUCUGAUUCAACUGUGGCAGCCAUGUAUUAUAGCUACUACAUGCUCCCUGAUGGAACCUAUUGCCUGGCGCCUCCGCCGCCGGGAAUUGACGUUGCUGCUUACUACAACGCCCUGCCCCCAGGGGUGACUGUGUCCAGCGCUGCCGGGGUAGCGACGGUUCCUCCUCCUCCUGGUACCACACCUCCGCCUCCCCCGGAGCCAACUGACAGCGCCGGCGGCUUGGCUUCCACCACAACUUCUACAAGCACAAUUGCUCCAGUGGUUGCCAUUAUACCUCCACCUCCAGAUAUCCAACCUGUCAUUGACAAGCUAGCUGAGUAUGUUGCUAGGAAUGGGGUAAAAUUUGAAACUAGUGUUCGUGCCAAGAACGAUCUCAGGUUUGAAUUUCUGCAACCGUGGCACCAGUAUAAUGCAUAUUAUGAAUUUAAAAAACAGUUCUUCCUUCAAAAAGAGAGCCGUGACAACUGCCAGGGAGUGUCUUCUUCUGAAGAUGUUCCAGCAGACACUGCCAGUGAUACCCCGAGUGAGACUCAAUUUGCAGAUGAUCAUGCACCUGAAGAUACAUCAGAGCCAAGUGCUAAGGGAGUUCCAGGAACUAAAAAGGAUAUUCCUCCUAAAUCUGUCAGUGAUGGUAAACUGGUGAAAGCAUCCUUUGCUCCAAUAAGCUUUGCAAUCAAGGCCAAAGAAAACGACCUUCUUCCUUUGGAGAAAAACCGUGUUAAAUUAGAUGAUGACAGUGAUGAGGAGGAAGAGGAGGGAAAGGAAGGCCAGGAGAGUGCUAACAGUGCAUCAAACCAUACUCCAGCAAUUACCGCUCCUUGUACUGCUCCUGAAGAGAAAAAGCCUCAACUUACACAGGAGGAGUUGGAAGCUAAACAAGCAAAGCAGAAACUAGAGGAUAGACUAGCAGCUGCAGCAAGGGAGAAGCUUGCACAGGCCUCCAAAGAAUCAAAGGAGAAGCAGCUACAAGCAGAACGCAAAAGGAAAGCUGCCUUGUUCUUGCAGACCCUGAAAAACCCUCUGGCAGAGGCAGAAACUGAGAAGAUUGAGGAGAAUUCCUUCAGUAGUGAGAGCAUCAGUAGUAUACCAUGUCCUGUGACUGCAGUCAGAACUUUACCCACCUUAGAAGUUAAGCAAGCAGAACGGCCUUCAAGCAGAAGCAGAGAUCCUCCUCGGGAAGAAGAAAAGGAAAAGAAAAGGAAAAAACACAAGAAAAGAUCUCGGUCAAGAUCUCGAUCACCAUUCAAGUAUCAUUCAUCAUCUAAGUCCAGGUCUAGAUCACAUUCAAAAGCAAAACAUUCACUUCCCACUGCCUAUAGGACUGUCAGGCAUUCAAGACUCACAGCAUCCACAGCGACACUGAGCAUGGAGCCGAGUCUGAGCAGCUCAUCAGAGGCAGCAGCAGCAGAGUGGAAAAAUUAUCAGGCAACUUGGGCAAUGAAAAGAUUUGACUGCUGGAGCUCUUUUGAGGGAAAUCCUGGUAAAAUGUCAAGGUCACGAUCAAGGUCACCCCGGAGAAGGGCUCACACACCAGAACGGCGGAGAGACGAGAGAAGCGUUCCCACAGCGUACCGCAUCAGCAAUAGUCCUGGGAACAGCAGGAAACGGCCCCGCUCCAAAAGUCCCCAUGAAAAGAAGAAGAAAAGGCGGUCUAGAUCACGUACUAAAUCCAGAGCUAGGUCUCCCUCACCAUCCAUGUCGCCAGGCAAACCAUCCACACACAAAAAUUCUGUACAUUCAACUAGUGUCUCUCCUGUGGAGAGCAGGGAAUCCAGCCAGGAACGCUCCAGGGGAGUUUCUCAGGAAAAAGACGGCCAAAUCUCUUCAGCAAUUGUGUCAUCAGUGCAGAGUAAAAUCACUCAGGAUCUUAUGGCCAAAGUGAGAGCAAUGCUUGCAGCUUCCAAAAACAUCCAAACCAGUGCCUCCUGAGACCUGUUGGAACUGACCAUAAAGAAAUUGUGUGAAAAGAACAAUUGAAAAAGAACUGCCUCAUCUCAAAUGUACAGCUGAGCUUGGCUCACUUGGUUCACAACUCGCCUAAUUUACCAGAACUCAAGAAGCUAAAACCUGUCUUUCUGUACAGAAGCAUCUCCUUGAAAUUUCAUUAAAUUUUUUCAGCCAGAAUAUCUUUGAAAAAUUUUUGGGUUUUGUAAAUUGAUUUUUUUUUGACUAAUUCUUCAAUAACAUUUUAUGAUCAGCAGUCUGUAUGUGUAUAUUUGUAAAUACUAUGUUUCUGUGAAAAGUAUUACACAAUAAUAAAGAAGGAAACAUCUUUCAUUA